AUGAAUCAGAAACAUGUUGAAGUUGUCAUUACGAAGCAAUCUAAUCAAGCCAAACAAGAAUAUCAAACUCAUCUUACAGCUACAAUUGAUUGCGUUCGAUUCCUUUUGCGACAAGGAUUAACUUUUUGUGGACAUGAUGAGUCUUAUGAUUCUUGUAAUCAAGAUAAGAAAGGAAGAGUUGUUGAACGCUUUUUGUGUCUUGUUCAUGUUUCUAAUAUUGUUGAUGAUUCACUUAUGAAUGCUCUUGAAGCUGUGUUUACAACUCAUGGAUUAUGUUUUUCAAGAAUAAGAGGAAAAGGUUAUGAUGGGCUUCAGUUAGCACUUGUUGUUGUUGCUAAAAAACAAGUUUAG